AUGCCACCUGCUGACCACCUCAAUUAUGACCUGCCUGAGGAGGCUGAGGAUGAGCAGGAUGUAAUUUUCGAGUCUGAGGUAAAUGUGAUCGAGAAGGUGGAGGCAGAGCUCGUUGAAUCGUGA